GUCCCUGCUUUUUUUUUUCCCCUUCUGAGACUUAACUUAAAGACGUCACCGGCACCGGCACUUUCUGGAGUCACUACAGAAGCUGAGUCUGCCGCAAGCCAGCAUGAUCCUGACACUGCUCAUUGGCCUGGGGGGGCCCCUGGGCUGGGGGAUGCUGGGGACCUGGGCGCAGGCCCCUGGUACCAGAUUCUCUGAUCCACACCACCCUCAGCCCCCUGGUGUCUGGAGGGCAGAGGCUGAGGACACCGGCAGGGACCCUGUCAGACGUAACUGGUGCCCCUACCAGAAGUCCAGACUGGUCACCUUCGUAGCUGCUUGCAAAACCGAGAAAUUCCUCGUCCACUCACAGCAGCCGUGUCCGCAGGGGGCUCCGAACUGCCAGAAGGUCAAAGUCAUGUACCGCGUGGCCCACAAGCCGGUGUACCAGGUCAAGCAGAAGGUGCUGGCCUCCGUGGCCUGGAGAUGCUGCCCGGGCUUUGCGGGCCCCGACUGCCAGCACCACGAUCCCAUGGCAACCCCUGAGCCUGAAGAUCCAGGUGAUAGCCUCCAGGAGCCUUGGGAUGGGCCAAUUGACUUUGAAUCUGGUCAUCCAGCUGUAGUGACCCGCAACACAGUGGAGCAGCAGGAACGCCGACUGAGAGAUCUCCAGAAUGACAUCCACCAGAUGGCAGACAGCCUCCCAGGCCUGUGGGAAGCCUGGGCAAGCAACCUCACAGUGGCAACAACUGAAGCAAAUCAAACAGAGCUUGAGUUUCCAGCCAGAUCCUUGGAGCAAGUGCUACUGCCCCACAUCAACACCUUCCUGCAAGGACAUCUCAGCCCCAUGUGGAGAAGCUUCAACCAAAGCCUGCACAGCCUCUCCCAGGUCAUAAGAAAUUUAUCUCUUGAUGUGGAGGCCAACCGACAGGCCCUCAAGAGGGUCCAGGAGAGCUCUGUGGCCAGAGCUGACUUCCAGGAGCUUGGUACCAAAUUUGAGACCAAGGUCCAGGAGAACGCUCAGAGGGUGGGCCAGCUGAGGCAGGAGGUGGAGGACCGCCUACAUGCCCAGCGCCUGUCCAUGCACCAGUCCCUCUCAGAGGUCCAGACCGAUGUGGACAUCAAGUUGAAGAAGCUCCUUAAGGCCCAGGAGUCUGCAGCGAUCAAUAGCAGCGUGGUCCUGGCAGUAGCAGGGGCAGCAGCAAGGCCAGAGCCAGAGAGCCUGAACGCCAGGCUGGGCCAGCUGCAGAGGAACCUCUCCGCCCUGCAUGUGGCCACUGCCCACAGGGAAGAGGCGUUACAGAGCACCCUGGCAGACAUGAAGGCCACCCUGGCCCGGCACGUGGAUGAGAUCAAGGAGCUGUACUCGGAAUCGGAUGACACCUUCGAUGAGAUCAGCAAGGUGCAGCGGCAGGUGCAGGAGCUGGAGGUGAACCACACGGCACUGCGAGAGCUGCGGGUGAUCCUGAUGGAGAAGUCACUGAUCAUGGAGGAGAACAAGGAGGACGUGGAGCGGCAGCUCCUGGAGCUCAACCUUACCCUCCAGCACCUACAGGGCGCCCACGCCGACCUCAUCAAGUACGUCAAGGACUGCAACUGCCAGAAACUCUACUUUGACCUGGAUGUCAUCCGGGAGGACCAAAGGGACACCACGCGAGCCCUGGAGGAGACCCAGGUGAGCCUGGACGAGCGGCGCCAGCAGGAUGGCUCCUCCCUGCAGGCCCUGAGCGACACGGUGGCCUCCUUAUCGCUGGCCAUGGACACGCACCAGACAGAGAGUCAGCGGGCGCGGGCUGAGGCGGCACGGCUCCGGAGCCAGCUGCGUGCCCUGGGCGGUGAGGUGAGUGCGCUGCGGGCCAACGAGACCGAGAUCCGCCGCGAGAUCCGCCAGUUGCACAGCUCCUUCUCCGCCCUGCUGGAGGACGCGCUGCGGCACGAGGCCGUGCUGGCUGCUCUUUUCGGGGAGGAGGUGAUGGAGGAGAUGUCCGAGGAGGGGCCUGGCACGCUGCCCCUGCGCUAUGAACAGAUCCGCGUCGCCCUGAUGGACGCGGCCAGCGGGCUGCGGGAGCAGGCUUUAGACUGGGACGCGUUGGCCGCCAGGGUGACUGCCUUGGAACAGGCCUCGGGGGCCAGCGGGCAAACCGCGCGUUUGGAGCCCAGCCGGGAUGCUUCACUAGAGGAGGUCGGUGCACUGGACCUGGCUGGUCUGGCACAGGAGCUCCAGCGCCUGAGCUCGGACAUGGAGCGUGUGGGUCAGUGCUGUGAGGCCUCCUGGGUCUCCUCCCUCAAUAGCUCCCUCGAGGGCCUUCGCGGGGAGCUCUCCACGACUGAGCGCGGCUUGGAGAGGCACCAGCGCCUCUUCCACAGCCUCUUUGGGAACUUUCAAGGGCUCGUGGCAGCCAACGUCAGCCUGGACCUGGAGAAGCUGCAGGCCAUGCUGAACAGGAAAGGGAAGAAGCAGCAGAAAGGCCUGGAAGCUCCCAAGAGGAGGGAUCGUAAGCAAGUGGAAUCUUUAGAGGAUGUGCAUGUCAAAGGGCCAGCGCUCUGGGAGGCAGGCUCCCCUGUGGCCUUCUACGCCAGCUUUUCAGAAGGGACCACUGCUCUGCAGACAGUGAAGUUUAACACUGCUUACAUCAACGUCGGCAGCAGCUACUUCCCUGAACAUGGCUACUUCCGAGCCCCUGAGCGUGGGGUCUAUCUGUUUGCAGUGAGCAUUGAAUUUGGUCCGGGACCAGGCACCGGGCAGCUGGUGUUUGGAGGUCACCAUCGGACCCCCGUCUAUACCACCGAGGAGCAGAGGGGUGGGAGCCCAGCAACAACCUUUGCUAUGGCUGAGCUGCAAAAGGGUGAGAGAGUGUGGUUUGAGCUAACCCAGGGAUCAAUAAUGAAGAGAAGCCCGCCAGGCACUGUAUUCGGGGGCUUCCUGUUGUUCAAGACCUGAGUACCAAGCACAGCUCUGACCAGACACUGUGGACUUGUCCAGCUCUCCUUGGCCUGGGACUCAGGCCAGGGUUGGUCUGGAGACCAUCCAGUUGGUCUAGCCUUUCCCUGGAAACCUUCUCCAAAGACAACGUGGUAUUUGUGGCCGCUCUCUAGAUGCACUGGGUCUGGCUGUUUCUUAAUGAGAAAGACUGGAAUGCUUCUCUCCGGGCAGGCCCUGGCCUGGGGUGUGUGACUCUUGGCUCGGUCUGCCUUCUGAGGCAGCACAGCUUGGACUCCAGUUCUUGGCCACACCGUGUUCUGCAGCUUCUUUGGUGUUUGGCUCCUCCUGUGGUUGGAAACUUACAUACACCACUUUAAACCUU